UUUGCAGUUUUCCACGCAGAGGAUAAGUGGCCACCGCCAAAUGUCCCUAUCCUCCCCGUGAGCUUAAUUUUAAGGUAAUUCCGAACUAUUCGUCUCUUCACUCUUCGAAUGCCUAGAGUGCUACCAUGGAUCGUUCUGGAUCAUCUGCGCUUCUCCGGCAACCCCUCACCGCCGUCUGUCCUCUGCCUCCGCGUUUUCUCAUUUUUCGGAAAGUGCCGAUAGCCAAUGUGGAGUUCCGGCGGCGGCCACCGAAACCCAAAGCGGCUACUUCAUCAUCUGAAGCGGAAAAGACGGGGGCGGUCUCCUCGUCGCCGGUUUACAUACCAACUCCCAGAGACAGGGAACUCCGGACUCCUCACAGCGGGUAUCACUUUGAUGGGACCGCAAGGGUGUUCUUUGAGGGUUGGUACUUUAAGGUGUCAAUCCCUCAUUGUAGGCAGAGCUUCUGCUUUAUGUAUUCCGUGGAGAAUCCGGCUUUUUCUGAUGGGAUGGGGGUGUUGGAUAGGGCAAUGUAUGGGCAUCGCUUUACUGGCGUUGGAGCUCAGAUUCUUGGUGCAGAUGACAAGUAUAUUUGCCAGUUUAGUGAGAAGUCGAAGAACUUUUGGGGAAGUAGGCAUGAACUCAUGCUUGGGAAUACAUUCAUAGCAGGAAACAAUUCAGCCCCUCCAAAUGGGGAGCUUCCUCCUCAGGAAUUUCGUAAGCGUGUUUUAGAAGGUUUCCAGGUCAGCCCAUUUUGGCAUCAAGGCUUUAUACGUGAUGAUGGAAGGUCAACCUAUGUUCAGACUGUGAAGACAGCACGUUGGGAAUAUAGUACACGUCCUGUAUAUGGCUGGGGUGAUUUCAAAUCUAAGCAAAAAUCUACGGCAGGCUGGUUAGCUGCUUUUCCUGUCUUUGAGCCUCACUGGCAAAUAUGCAUGGCAGGCGGUUUGUCGACAGGUUGGAUUGAAUGGGAUGGAGAACGGUUUGAAUUUGAAAAUGCACCAUCCUACUCAGAAAAAAAUUGGGGUGGAGGCUUUCCAAGAAAAUGGUUUUGGGUCCAGUGUAAUGUAUUUAAGGGGGCUUCAGGUGAAGUUGCUUUGACAGCUGCUGGUGGAUUGAGGAAACUAGCUGGAUUGGCUGAUAAUUAUGAAAAUGCGGCCUUGGUUGGGGUUCAUUAUGGAGGAAAAUUCUAUGAAUUUGUGCCCUGGAAUGGUUCUGUGAGCUGGGAGAUCAGUCAAUGGGGUUACUGGCAUAUCUCUGCAGAGAACAAUCAAAAUAUGGUAGAAUUAGUAGCAACAGUUGAAGAACCUGGCACUCCCCUGAGAGCUCCAACGCAAGAAGCUGGACUAGUGACAGCAUGUAAAGAUACUUGCUAUGGUGAUCUGACGUUGCAGUUGUGGGAAAAAACAUCUGAUGGCAAAAAGGGAAAGCUAAUCCUUGAAGCGACAAGCAACAUGGCAGCUGUGGAAGUUGGUGGGGGGCCAUGGUUUUCCACCUGGAAGGGAACAACCUCCAUGCCAGAGCUUGUAAGCAGUGCACUUCAAGUGCCAAUCGAUGUUGAGAGCUUCUUUCCAGUUCCUUUGUUCAAGCCCCCUGGCCUAUAACAAAUUUGUCAUGGAGAUGUGAUGAAAUAUAGGUUAAUAAUGGCUUAAGAACUGUUUAUAACUGGAGAUCUUUGUUUUUUUUUAAUAAGCCCGUUGGCGCAUAAUUGAUCUGGAACGUCAUUGUAACGAAAUGAAAAGAGAAAGGGCCGCCAUUGAUAUGUUCAUUCAGAUUUCUUCCCCAGAACUGGAUAGUGACAAACACUGCUAUAUUUGGUUGAUAAUUGCUUAACAAGUAAGAAUGCGUUGCGGAGCAUAGUUCAA